GUUUAUCUUGUUCCUAGAAGCAUUACAGAGAUUACAGAGGUGGAUCGGGCCUAAUUCACCAUUCAUUUCUCUCUGUGAGGUAAAGGGUUUCUCACUGAAUUUGGAGCUUAAUCAUUGACCCACCUGGCUGUCCAGUGAGCUCCAAGAGUUCUCCCAGUUCUGCUUCCCAGUGUCUCGAUUACAGGUUACAGUCAAACCCUGCAACCCUAGCGCUGGUUUAUGAUCAUAAUCGCUGCAAAAACACAUUGUCUGAGGGACUUUGCCAUAACUGCAGAGGGGCUCAUAUUCAAAAGCCUGAUUAGUUGCUGAUCGCUGAUCCACGCUUUGGUAUGGAAAAUUCCAAAUCCUCAUUCGGUACUGUGUGGCUGAUGCAGCUAGAUCUGCAUUAAGCUUGAAUGUAUGUCGCAGACUCCACUGAAAGGCAUCUCUGUUUCUUUGUUUUUGCGAUAUCUUUGGCAGCUCCAUCUUCUGGGCAUUCCUUUACCUUCAACAAUUCAGUUGCUCCAUCUAAAAGCCGAUUUUUCUGAUGCCUCCAAUGUCUGGUCAAAUUGAUCUGUGUUAAUGGAGUCUUCGCUGGUGAGAGAUGCCAUUGACUGGAACGCUGAGAUCUGCGGCUGCUUAUUUGCCAGGGGCAAGAGACACCAAGAUUCAGAAAUCUUGAGAGGUGGGCGGGGGAGGGGGAAAGGUAGUCUUGGGAGGGAGGCGGGAUGUAAGAUAAAGGGAAGGGUUUCACAUAGAGGAAGAAAGAGAGAGGUGGCUUUGAGGCUCAGAGGUGCUGCAGGAUCACGUCUCACAGAGGCGAAGUUAAAAAGCAAGGGAGUGGGGAGAGGUUGGAGGGUACAGGACUUAAAGGGACUGCUUUGGCACAGUUUGUUUUCUGGUGGUGUCUGCGGAGGAUAGAUAGAUAGUCCGCCUUUCAAAGUCUAUUGGUGCCGCUUUUAAGUGGUUGGUUAAGCUCGUUAAUUGCUUGUUAGAUGCUAUCAAACAAUGCUCUUAGUCAAGAUUCAGGAGGUUAUGGGAGGGCGAUACAAGGAAAUUUAAAGAAAGAGAAAGGGGAAAGCUUUUGAAAGAAAGGAAGAAGGAGAGAAGGAGAAAGGAAAGAGAAAUAGAGCAGGAGUAUAUAUGUAUAAUGUGAAUGAAAAAAUACCAUAAAUAACUGAAUGAUACAAACGCAAAAGGAAACCUCUUUGGUGCAAGGCACCAAGAACCCUGUGACUGCAGUAGUGACCUGAGUCGUAGGAGACAGACUCUUCUCUCCAUCUAUGUCCCAAAAAGCUCUGGGCCCUGAGAACUAACAUGCCAUUAAGCUAAAGAGUGUGUCUAACUGCGUGGAGUGCAGCAGAAGGAAGGCUGAUAUCUCUCUGCUGUUUCUGCUGGGGCUAAGGAGAACCAAGCGGAGGUAGUGACUCCUGCCGGGCUAGGCUCCCUUGCCUCUCCCAGGUAGCUGGGGAUCCACAGACAAGGUGUAAAACGCCCAAGUCUAACGCCCAAUCACUCCAAGCUCUCCUCCGGGAUGCCGCUUCUCUGUGGAUUCGCCCUGUAACCCAUUCUCAGCUUGGAUUCAGAGAAGUCUCUCGCUGCUCCUCCGGCCUCCUGUCCAGACCAAAAUUGACCUUCCAACAACAUUUUGUUGAACCUUUUAGACAGCCCCACAAAUAGGUUCCGGUCUGUACCUUACCAAAGAGCUCCAGGGAAAGAGAAUCAAAUCUAGCAGGCUGAGCUGCGGAGAGCCUGGAAGGGAUAGGAGGCACAGGGAGAAUGGGGAGAGCCAGCGAAACUGGCUGCUCCAGCCUGGCGAGCACUGUCGGGCUUGCUCGGGGAGCUAGCUGCUGCUGCUGCUUUAAGCCACCAGAGUCUUUUGGCUCUCGCACUGCCGCCUCUUGCCCUCUUUUCUCUGCCACCGCCUAGAGAAGCAUCCUAAUGCUUCUUAAGCUACCAGGACAUGCCCAGCCUGGAUCUCUUUCCCGGACCGGCGGCGCCAACGGGACGCCCUCUGCUCCCUACCCGCUUCCCCUAUUGCCCUGUGGCUGCGGGUCCUCCACCUACUCCGCCCCCACCACAUCCAGCUGGAAGACAAGGCCACCCAGCCGCAGCGGGUGCUGUCAGCCCGGGGUCACGCACAGAAGAGAGGCGCGAGCCUGGACCUCGCACACAGUAGGGGGCGUCAUGGAGCAGAGAAGCCAGGCAAGUGGGAGAAAGAACGUGGGAGUAGCCGCCCUGAAGCCUGAGCUUCUCCCAGGAGCCAUCCCGCCUAGACCCACUCGGGUUAGAGCCUAGAGAACUAGCCCAUCUGUGGCAUCAGUGGCCGCCUCCUCCUUGCACCUCCUCACCGACCCCUCCCUCCCGGGACCUGCAUCGCGCUCCGCCAAUCAGAGUCCGACUGCCGCUUCCCACGUGACCCCGGGCGGGCUAAGGACCUGCUGCUUCCCAAACGCCAGAGGGAUGCGGGCGGCAGAGCGCGAGAGGCGGCGGCUGGGCUGCGGGGCGCUGUGACUGUCCCUCCACCCAGUCUGGUCGCGCUCUUCUCUUCGGCCGAUUGGCCGCCUCCUCUCCGCACCCUGGUUUCUGUCUCCUGCUCCUCCUUUGCCCCGACCCUGUUCCUUAUGGCAGCAGCUCCUUGCAUCGGGGGCGCAGCUUCUCAGCGGACUAUCCUCUCACUCCGCAGGCUGAGCCCGGUCACUGGAUGUUGCUGAAACUCCGGAGAUCAUGCUCUCCUUUGGUCGCAGUAUCACCGCCGGCUGUCCCUGCCGCCGCCCCCUCCUCUGCUGCCGCGGUCCGCGGGAUGCUCAGUAGCCCGCUGCGUGGCCCCUGCGAUCCCGUGUUCUUCAGAAGCCUUUGGUUGCUGCAGAGUUGCGCGAAGUAGUCAUGGUGCUGUGGGAGUCCCCGCGGCAGUGCAGCAGCUGGACACUUUGCGAGGGCUUCUGCUGGCUGCUGCUGCUGCCCGUGACGCUGCUUAUCAUAGCCCGCCCGGUAAAACUCGCUGCUUUCCCUACCUCCUUAAGUGACUGCCAAACGCCCACCGGCUGGAACUGCUCCGGUUACGAUGACAGAGAAAAUGAUCUCUUCCUGUGUGACACCAACACCUGUAAAUUUGACGGGGAAUGUUUAAGGAUUGGAGACACUGUGACUUGCGUCUGUCAGUUCAAGUGUAACAGUGACUACGUGCCUGUGUGUGGCUCCAAUGGAGAGAGCUACCAGAAUGAGUGCUACCUGAGGCAAGCUGCCUGCAAACAGCAGAGUGAGAUACUUGUGGUCUCAGAAGGAUCCUGUGCUACAGAUACAGGAUCGGGAUCUGGAGAUGGAGUCCAUGAAGGCUCUGGCGAGACCAGUCAGAAGGAGACAUCCACCUGUGACAUUUGCCAGUUUGGGGCAGAGUGUGAUGAAGAUGCUGAGGAUGUCUGGUGUGUGUGCAACAUAGACUGUUCUCAAACCAACUUCAAUCCCCUCUGUGCUUCUGAUGGGAAAUCUUAUGAUAAUGCAUGUCAAAUCAAAGAAGCGUCAUGUCAGAAACAGGAGAAAAUUGAAGUCAUGUCUCUGGGUCGAUGUCAAGAUAACACAACUACAACCACUAAAUCUGAAGAUGGGCAUUAUGCAAGAACAGAUUAUGCAGAGAAUGCUAACAAAUUAGAAGAAAGUGCCAGAGAACACCACAUACCUUGCCCAGAACAUUAUAAUGGUUUCUGCAUGCAUGGGAAGUGUGAACACUCCAUCAAUAUGCAGGAGCCAUCUUGCAGAUGCGAUGCUGGUUACACUGGUCAACACUGUGAAAAGAAGGACUACAGUGUUCUCUACGUUGUUCCUGGCCCUGUCCGGUUCCAGUACGUCUUGAUUGCAGCUGUGAUUGGAACAAUUCAGAUUGCUGUCAUCUGCGUGGUGGUCCUCUGCAUCACAAGGAAAUGCCCCAGAAGCAACAGAAUUCACAGACAGAAGCAAAAUACAGGGCACUACAGUUCAGACAACACAACAAGAGCAUCCACACGGUUAAUCUAGAGGGAGCAUGUUUCCCAGUGGCCGGACAACCAACAGCUUGGACUACACAAUACAGUAUUAGAGACAAAAGAAUAAGACAAGAUCUACACAUGUUGCCUUGCGUUUGUGGUAAUCUACACCAAUGAAAACAUGUACUACAGCUAUAUUUGAUUAUGUAUGGAUAUAUUUGAAAUAGUAUACAUUGUCUUGAUGUUUUUUCUGUAAUGUAAAUAAACUAUUUAUAUCACACAAUAUAGUUUUUUCUUUCCCAUGUAUUUGUUAUAUAUAAUAAAUACUCAGUGAUGAGAACAAAUGGCAUUCCUAAACUUGCAGUAAUUCAUAGCUGUAAGCACGGUCCAACUGUCAUGGGCUACGCAGACAGCAGUAUUUCAUCCCUCUGUGCAUCUUCAGACAACACAUUAGUUUGCACAGGAAUCUGUAGCUAGAUUUUGAGUGAUUCCAAGAUCAAGGGAUAUACCGGUUAUUGGAAAAGAGAAAAAAUAAUUUAGUUUAUUGAGGAAGCAUAAGAUAUGUCAUAUCCUUGAAUCAUCUCUGCUUCAUCUACUUUCUUCCCUGUCUUUCAUUGUCAUUCCCAGAACAGAAAAAUCUCUGGCAUAUAAGUUACAAAAGGGAAGAAUGGAAGUGUUUUGUGGCUCAAAAUAAAAUGCAAAAAAAAGAUAUUUGUCUUUACUGAGAAGCAACAUAACUAUCUUAGUUAAAUAAUCUACCAGGGGGCGGGGUCUGAGAAAGGUAUCCACUAGGUGUAUAAACAGUGGUCAAACCUAUUCUGUUUCUGUUUCUGCAAGCAGAAAAAAAAAGCUAAGAGUACAUUGUAACUGUGUCAGUAAGUAUGAGCCCAAACUGUGGCUUCUUAGAAGACCCUUGCUGUAUUUGUAUCUUAUUUGAAAAGAAUUUAGACUACCAAACAAAUGCCCCCACGAACAGUUUUAUAGCCCAAAGAGUACUGUUAUUUGAAACUGAAAAACAAAAAGACAAUGUUUUAUGGUAAUGGAGAGAGAUAAGUUUUAAACGUAUUUACAUAAGAAAGAAAAUCCCUAAGAAUCUAGAGGACCUCCAUGAGAGCUGCUUUCAACCCCUAUGAGAUACGAGCAGACAGGUAUGAAUGGUCACAUUGCUUGGGGAAAGUAAGUUGAGAACAUUCUCAAGGAAUAAGAUGAAAUACCCAAUUAAAUAAUCUCCUUAUUAUCAUUUACCUCUGAGUAGUUUCUGUGGCACAUGUGGAUGAUUUAAAUAAAGCUUUAUUUGUCUUCCUCAAAUGACUUCUUCAUGGACUAAAAGAAAUGGCAUCCCCUCCUUUGUUAGAAACCAAAAAACACAUAGCAAUCCAAAAUGUUCUGAAUAUAAAAUAUUAUAUGAAAAAUAAGGGUCUGAGGUGAAAUUUAAACUACCUGUUAAUAUAUAAUAAAGGUGACAAUCUACAUAA